AUGUAUUACGAUCGAAGUACUCCUACAACAAAAGUAGAAAAAACUCUUUCAUAUCCCCUCCCGCUCGUUUUUAAAAACGUCGACGGAAAACUAGUAGUUGACUUUGGCGCUACUGAUGACAUCAAAGUCGGCUAUUGUGUCCUCGGUGUGAAUGGUGUGCCUGCGAAAGGCUCUGUAUUAGAAGAUGGACGUGACAUACUCGAGGUAAAUGUUUGCACAUAA